AUGGACCACGAAGAACCUCGCAUCGUCACCGCCGAGAAGCCGCGCUGGUUCAAGAGCCCAUUAGCGUCUGAUAGGCUACGACGACCUUCUGAAUCACACCCGCCCCCGAGUCCAUUCAAAGACUCUCUACAGACUAGCUCGGAUGAAUACGAUUACAGCGGCUAUCCUCCGUUCAAGCGCUACGAAGAGCCAACUCUACUGGAGAUAUUGUAUGACUUGUUCUUCGCAGCAAACUACAACGUCUUUGCCCAAAGUCAAUCGGUGACCAACCACCGCCGCUUCAAAUCCUAUGUAGGCUACUUCAGCUUGCUUUGGGGCACCUGGUUUAUGGUCACUCUGUAUGAUGUCCGCUAUGUUACAGACAGCAUCUUUGAACGCAUAGCGCGAGCCGUCCAGCUUGGUGUGCUUGUUGGUUUCACCGUUGUCGCGCCAAACUUUGAUCCAGAAGAUCAAGAUGAACCCACGAUGAUGACAAUGUCUCUCAUGUUAUUCGCCUCCCGAAUUUGCUUGGCCAUCGAAUACGCACAUACCCUUGCACAGAUUUUCAAGUACAAGCGCGCACGGCGACCCUUCUACAUUCAAAUCGCCAUCAACGUCAUCAGCGCGGCAGUAUACCUUGGGGUGACAUUCUGUUUCGAGGAGAAGCAAAGCCGUGUUUUCAUAACAUGGUAUGUUUUUACAGCGGCUGAAGCCAUACUGAGCCUUGUCGUUUCCAACUACUGGAGGACGCUGAGCUUCACACGCACGCACCUGAUGAAGCGUCUCAGCCUCAUCACUGUCAUGAUUCUGGGUGAGAGCAUCCAAACCGUAGCCCAAAAUAUCGCCACGAUAGUCAAGACACCAUCCGCAUGGAAUCCCUAUACCAUUGGUAUGAUCACGGCCGCCACCGCCACAAUCUACUGUGUCUUUCUCGUCUACUUUGAUUGGAUGCGACACCUUCAGUUGCCUGCCCUUCGACAGCAACUCUGGACAGCCCUGCACUACCCUUUUCACCUGUCUCUGGUGCUGUUCAUGCAAGGAUAUACGCAGCUCAUCCUUUUCGUGAAGGCGUUCAACGUUGUUGAUAACCUCACCAAUGCUUGGCUACCGGACACGACCCCUGUUAGUGAUGUCAACGAGACGAGCCGUAGCAUCGCCAACGAGCUGGCCAACGCAUCCGCUGAAAUUUUUCGCCUAUACCCGCCCCAGGACUCGAUGGUGCGCGCCAUAGUGAAUAGCUCCAUUGCCAACAUCUCGACGAUCCCAGACAGGACCUGGCCAGACCUUGAAUACUAUCUAACAAGCAGCAACGAGACGGAGCCAGAUGAGGCAACACUAAAAGGAUUCUCUACUUUUGUAGAGCAGCUUGUCGUCAUCAUCUCGGCGCUGGCCAACAGCAUCUUCUCGUCCUUUGACAUUGAUCUCAGCACGGACGUCAGCCUGAAGCAAAACGGCGAUUCCAAUCCCAUCAAGCUAGCCGAAAACCAAAUCACCAUCAGCGAGAAGACGAGACAGCGCUCUCGCCUCGUCUUUGCUUACACUUACAUUGCCUGCGGCUGCACCCUCGUCCUGCUCGUCAUCAUGGCGCUCGUGUCGCGCAUGUCACCACUUGGCCGCCUCCCGCGCUUGCGCUUCAUCAUCUGCACCCUGCUGGGCAUCGGCCUCGCCGUCACGUCGGUACUUUUCUUCGACCCCGACAAGGCGGACAACUUCCUCGACAGCCCCUGGCCCAUCCCGACGGUUCUCUUUGGCUGGCUCAUCGUCACGGUUCUCGUUCACGUUCGCGGUAGCAGCGGCGGCAGCGGCAGAAGUCGGUCGCUGCUCGACACGGCGCGCAACGUGAUAAGCUUGUUCCGUCCGCGCAGGAGGAAGGAAAGGGAUCCGGUGCGGGACGACGGUGAUAGCCAGCAAGUGGCGCUGCGCUUCUGGCCGCCGACGAGGGAAAAUACGGACCUCUCAGCCGCGGAUACCCUGCAAGAGGGCAUUAGUGUGCCUCCGAAACGGCGGAGGGUGUCGUUUAGGGACGUGUCUCCCAGGGCCAUACCACGGCCAGGGUCACCGCAUUCGAUAUACAGCCAUGCGGGUAACACGCAUCGAAAAGUUGACGGCAGUGAUCAAGUCUAA